AGUCUGAGAUUGGUGAUUUUAUAUUUCACAAGACUAUUGGCUUGGGUGCUUUUGGACGUGUUAUGUUAGUCAAUCACAAAUCGAAACCAGAACAAUUUUUAGCUAUGAAAGUAAGAAAUGGGAAGGCCGUAUUAUAA